UUAUUUAGUUAUCAAUAUGAGUCAGGACAAAUUAAAGAAUUUGAAUUUUACAAAAUUAUGUACUAUUUAUACAUAUUUUGCAUAUUCAUAAUUUGUUUUUUAUUUUUUUAUUCAUACUGAUUGACAAAAUUGUCCAUAGCCAAAAAACGGAUGUAUCUUAGCAACCAUUAUGUUAUUGUUUAUUCAAUCAUUUCUGUGCAAUAGUGAUUUAAAGUUGAAAAGGAGUCCAUUUUGGUUUGAAUUAUUUCAUCUUUUAAAGCAUUAAGAAUGGAAUUCACUGUUUCUAACAUAGAAAAAUUAGCUGAUUUACUAACACCACCUGAACCAGAUGUUUUACAAGGCGAUGACCUACCUAAAACAACCGAUUAUGAAAUCACAGCUUCGAGAGAUAAUAAAAAAUCUGAGACAGCGAAAACUUAUAAGACCAUUGAAGAAUAUGAGACCCAACAAGCUGAAGACGCGGAUUUGAUCGGUACAACUGGAUUAAGAGUAGAAGACCGAAAGUCACCAGCCUAUACUAUGAAUUACCAACAAUCUGUUAGCGCUGAAGAUGUGUUUUUACAGAUGGGUCCAAAAACACCGUCUUCAGCCAGUUGCGAGAAUUUAAUCGUUAGAGUCGUAAUGACAGGAGACAAAAAAGAAAACAUCGAUUUAUCCGUUGAUACGAAAAGUGUCACUAUCGCAUCAUCUCGCUACUAUUUGAAACUACCGUUGCCUCACGAAAUUAAUCCUGAUACGUCAAAAGCAAAUUGGGACAAUGCUGAAGAGUCACUGGUGUUGACGCUGAAGUUAAAUAGAGAAUUUGAUUUCGUUAAUUUCUGAAGCAUUCUGAGAUUUAA